AUGUUCAAAGCCCGUUGUACAACAAAAUGCCCCCAAAAAGAGCUGAAAUUCCGCUCGGACAACGGCCUAUUACAUGCGUUGGAGACUAGAGAACCGUUCGCUAAAAUUCAUCCAGUAAAAAGAGUCCCGGAUCCAAGUCGAAUUUGCAAAAGUUAUUGUCGAUCAGCAGCGGCGAAGAAAAUUGAUCCGAAUGAUGUGAGAACGCUGGAUGCCUGCUUGGAAACGGUAAGCAGAAGAUGUUUUGGGGGUUUUUAAAGGGUGGAAUGUUGGUUUGAGCGGUAGUGGCAUUGAUUUUGACAAAGAAAUCGGAAAUUUAUAUUGUUUUAGUCAAAACUUUGAUGAAAUCGGCUGAAAGAAACUUUUUUUGAAGUUUAAUGGAGUUUCGAAUGAUUUUCUGAGCUAUAUUCUUUCAUUUCCCAUCAGCUAAUUACCAUUUUUAUUCCUUGUAAAAUUAUGAUUUUUCUCAAAAUUUUGCAAUUUUUUAUCGAAAUAUCAGGAAAAAUGGAAAAUUUUCAAAAAUACCCCAUUUUUAAUUCGAAUAAAUUUCAGAUAAACUAUCUAGAAUCGCUGGAAAAGGAGUUCCCAGCAGAUCAUCAAUGGUCGUUGGUCUACGAAUACAUAAAUGACCGAUUAAGAGCCAUUCGACAGGAUAUUAUAGUACAAAACAAGCAUAAAGACCCCAAAGCUGGAGAAAUUUAUGAAAAAAUCAUCAAAUUUUAUCUACGCAGUGGCUAUCGGUAGGUGAUUGAGGCAUUUUGAGAUAAGUUUUUUGAUUUUUUAAACGAAAAAAAUUAUUUUUUUUUUGUUUUUUUGGCCGCACUGUGCGCAGUUUUUUUUAUCAAAAAUUCGCACAGUGCAGUCCAAGAUUUUUAAAUUUGCUGUAACUUUUGAUCAAAAUAUUUUCAGAUGUGAACGUCUUACCACAUCGACGUAUGUUCGAGUGCAUCAUCAACGAGAAUUGACAGAGACCCUCGAGCGAUGGUUUGAAGCCCAGCAUUCCAGUCAAGAAGUAGGUCAUCUGCACAGUGCGGAGAUCAAGUUUGGCUAAAUUAUUUAUUUGUUUGUUUAGACGACAAUUAUUUACAUUUUGCAUUCAAUCCAACGCCCCGAUAUUGUCAAUAUUGUUCAUGGUCAAAAGAAAAUCUUGGACGAAAAAUAUGAAACAAUGAUGAUGUUGAUAUCAGCGUAUGUCACUGGAAAUUUUGUUCGUUUCUUUAGGAUAGUGAACGGUUUGGAGGAAUAUUAUAAGUAAGUGAGGUGAAAGAAGUUUUUUUUUAAAUUUUUCUUUGAGUUUUGGAUUUUUUAAAAAUUUGAAUUUUGGAUUUGGCGCCAAAAUUUUUUAUUGGUGGAAAAAGAAGUCUGGGUGUAAAUUGAUAAUUAAAAUUGUUGGAUAAUAUUUUUAUCGACCAUUUUCGGAUAUGCCCUAUCAUCAGCGACCUCAGAGCUGCCAGUUCUUUUUGAUUUUUCUUUGAGUUUUGGAUGUUGUAAAAAUUUGAAUUUUGGAUUUGGCGCCAAAAUUUUUUAUUGCUGAAAAGCGAAAUCAUGAAGUAGAUGUAUAAUCAAAAACGGUGGAUAAUAUUUUUACUGGCCAUUUUCAGAUAUGCCCUAUCAUCAGCGAUCUCAGAAAUGCGAGUUCUUGCCCUCACCGCUCUCCAUUCCGCAAGCCAAUCACCGAUUGCGAAAUGGCCCCUUAAACUAAUCAGCAAAUGGCUACUUCUGUCAAAUGACGGGUCGGCUAGGGAAAUGAUCUCUCAGCUUUUGCUUGAUUGCAACUUUGAUGAAGGAUUGGUCAAGUUUCAAGGCUCUAAAAAGAAGGAUCAACUGGAUUCGAAUGGAUUUUUGUGGAUUUCAAUCUCUGAUGUGGAGAAGAGUCAGUCAGAUAAGUAA